CUCUCUCUCCAAACAUCACCGCCAAACCAACAGCAAGGACCAAGCAGAGAGAGAGAGAGAGCAAUCAACAAUCGCCAUGGCGCAGUCAGCGCGGCGUGCGGCGGUCACGCUAAUAGGGACGCGCCUUUUCUCGACGGCGUCAGUCGCUGGCCGCUCGCCCGCGAUAUCCGCCGGGCCAGCGCGUGCGGCCGUGGUCGUGUGCUCCCCGAUGCUGCCGGCACCAUGGAUAGCGUGCACCCGCUUGGCCAGCACGGCAGUGGAGGUGGAGGCGCCAGCGCCAGGCAGCUUCGACGUGACGCCGGCAUCCGGCGAUGUGGGGAAGAAGAAGAAAGAGGACGAGAAGGAGACGGCAAGCUACUGGGGCGUGGCGCCGACCAGGCUCGUCAAGGAGGACGGCACCGUGUGGAAGUGGUCGUGCUUCAGGCCGUGGGACACAUACGAUGCGGACGUGUCGAUCGACCUGACGAAGCACCAUGAGCCGGUGACGAUGGGGGACAAGGUGGCCAUGUGGACGGUCAGGGCCAUGCGCUGGCCUACCGACAUCUUCUUCCAGAGGCGGUACGGCUGCCGUGCGAUGAUGCUGGAAACGGUGGCCGCGGUCCCCGGCAUGGUGGCCGGCAUGGUGCUCCACCUCCGGUCGCUUCGGCGCUUUGAGCAGAGCGGCGGGUGGAUCCGCGCGCUGCUGGAGGAGGCCGAGAACGAGCGCAUGCACCUCAUGACCUUCAUGGAGGUGUCCCAGCCGCGGUGGCACGAGCGCGCGCUCGUGGUCGCCGUGCAGGGCGUCUUCCUCCACGCCUACCUCGCCACCUACCUCCUCUCCCCCCGGAUCGCGCACCGCAUGGUCGGCUACCUUGAGGAGGAGGCCGUGCACUCCUACACUGAGUUCCUCCGCGACCUCGACGCUGGCAAGAUCGACAACGUGCCUGCGCCCGCCAUCGCCAUCGACUACUGGCGCCUCCCGGCCGGCGCGACGCUCAGGGACGUCGUCGAGGUCGUCCGCGCCGACGAGGCGCACCACCGCGACGUCAACCACUACGCAUCAGACAUACAUCGCCAGGGGCACGCGCUUCGGGAGGUGGCCGCGCCGAUCGGGUACCAUUGAGAAGAACGAAGAGCAAAUACAACUGGGAAGCUAGGCGUCAGUAACUGAAUAAAUUCGGAUGGACGCAAUGAUCGUUGCUGCUUCCGAACUAAUGCGUCAAGAUCUGCCAGUUCCUAUGUACUAGUCUGUGGAGUUUGAUUUUGUUGUAUUUGUUUUUAUUGAGGUUUGUUUUAUUUCCUGGCUUGACAUCGAUUUAAACUGAAUUAAUAUACUUUGCGCUGCAUGUGCUCAA